CCCCAGCCCCACCUCCUGUUCCCGGCCUGGGCCAAGUCCUCUACAAGUUCCAGAUGUCGGGUUCCAGAUGUCUGGUCUCAGAGUGGGGGAACUACCUGGAGAAACCUCCCUCCUCAAGCUGCCCAUGCAAGAUGUGCUGGCUGCUGCUCUGUGGAAUCCUCCAGGCUUGCCCCACACUGGGCUCCGUGCUGCUGGCCAGGCGGCUACCCCAGCAGCUGACGUCUCCUGGGUACCCAGAGCCCUAUCCCAGAGGCCGGGAGAGCAGCACCAGCAUUGUGGCAACAGAGGGCUUUGCUGUGAGGCUGGUCUUCCAGGACUUCGACCUGGAGCCAUCCCAGGACUGUGAAGGGGACUCUGUCACAAUCUCCGGCAGUGGGAUGCUUCCAAGCAGGCUCUGUGGUCCACAGGGCUCCCCUCGGGACAGCCCUCCUGGUCAGAAAGAGUUCGUGUCCUCUGGGAGGAGUUUGCAGCUGACCUUCCGAGCACACGAUUCCUCCCAGGAGCUGCCCACCCACCUCCACAAGGGCUUCCUGGCUGUCUACCAAGCUGUGGCUCUGAGCUGCGAGCCCCUCAGCCAGCGCAGUGGGGUCUCUGAGGGCACCUUCACACCUGGAGCCAUGCCCUCGGAGACCCAGACCUACUGCCAGGAGCCCUAUUACCAGGCGACACCUGCUGGGACCCUCAGCUACCCAGUCCAGGGGACCUGGGCAGACAGACAGGACCGGCAGGAACAUCCUCAGUGUGUGCCUGUGUGUGGACGGCCAGUCACGCCUCUUGCCCAGCACCCAGAGACCCUCGGCCCUUCCAGAGCUCCUCUGGGCAGCUUCCCCUGGCAAGCCUUCACUGUCAUCCAUGGCCGCGGGGGCGGGGCCCUUCUGGGCGACAGGUGGAUCCUCACUGCUGCCCACACCAUCUACCCCAAGGACAGCGCCUCUCUCGGGAAGAACCAGAGUGUGGAUGUGUUCCUGGGCCACACGCACAUAGAUGAGAUGCUGCAACUGGGAAACUAUCCCGUCCGCCGGGUCGUGGUGCACCCGGACUACCGCCAGCAUGAGUCCCACAACUUUGAUGGGGACAUCGCUCUCCUGGAGCUGCAGCACAGCGUUCCCCUGGGCCCCCACCUCCUCCCAGUGUGCCUGCCGGACACUGAGGCAUUCUACCGCAGCGGCCUGUGGGGCUAUGUCAGCGGCUUUGGUGUGGAGAUGGGCUGGAUUACCACAGAGCUGAAAUACUCCAGGCUGCCGGUGGCCCCCAGGGAGGCCUGCGAGGCCUGGCUCCGGGAGAGGGAGCGGACUGAGGUGUUUUCUGACAACAUGUUCUGUGUGGAGGAUAAGAUGCAGACCAGCAGUGUCUGCCAGGGGGACAGUGGUAGCGUCUAUGUGGUGUGGGACGGUCACGCCCACCGCUGGGUAGCCACAGGCAUCGUGUCCUGGGGUGUCGGGUGUGGCAAGGGGUAUGGCUUCUACACCAAAGUGCUCAACUACGUGGGCUGGAUCAAGGAAGUGAUGGGUGGCAGGGACUGAACAGGGGCUCAUGGGCAGGCGCCGACCAGCACGUAGACACCGGGUCCAGAGGGUUGGGAGUGAAGGGUGAGCCCUUCAAGUCCCUGCGGUGGCCAGGCACCAAGUGGAGAAACCCUCCUCCCUUCUGCUGAGUAGAAAGUGGCAUCUGACAGCCCUAUCCUUCCCCUCUGCCUUCAAGUGUGUUUGCAACAGGGAAGCGCUGCCCAUCUAGGCAGCUGUCACUGCAGUCUCGCAUCCCCUCCCACAGCGCACCUGUCAACACAGCCUUUCUGUUCUUACCUGUGGAAGAGGUGCCUUCUCACCCCCUAUCCAGGUGAUGUGUGGAGGAAAGGGUCUUCAUGGCAUUUCGUUUCUGAAAUUCUCCAAAGAGCCUUUAAUUGUCCUUCAGAUAAUCAAGCCAUUGGCUUGUCACCUACCACAAUUCCUACGUGCAAUGAUAGUAAUAGCUCCUGCUUUGUUUUACACCUUUGACACGCAGGCUUUUCUUGUGUUAUUUCACUUCAUCCUCACACAUGUUUGCAAAGGAUGUGUUUUUAUCCACAGCUUACAGACCCGGAAGCUGCAGUCCUUGUGACUACAACCGCAGAGGCAAUUUUCUCCCUAGUAUCUGGGAUACCUCUGCCAUUGUCCACAGGACCUACUUUCCCUGUCCUAGUCCCUGAGUCCUCACAGAUUCUCUCCCUGGAUGUCCUGCUUCUGUCUUACCUUCCCUGUACUAGUCCCUGAGUCCUCACAGAUUCUCUCCCCAGAUGCCUUGCCCCUGGGCUGGGACUCCCUGCAGACACACUGGCCAUUGUCAUGAUGAAUACCAUAAAUCAGAGAAGACAGUGAAUUUGUCAGCAUUGACAGCCAAGUUUUUGUAUAAUCAAAGGUUAAAUUUAUGUUUGGCCAGGUGUGGUAGCGCACGCCUGUAAUCCCAGCACUCCAGAGGAGGAUCUCUGUGAGUUCAAGGACAG